AAAAACCUCUUUCCCUGCAAGGUAGGGUACAUCAUCAUCAAGAUGUUGAUUUUCAGCUAUCAACAAGUAAGUAAAUAAAUAAAUAAAUAAAUAAAUAAAUAAAUACUAAAUCAUGAUUAUAUAAAGUAAGUGGGUCCCCUAUCCAAGUCAGCCUCUUCUGCGUUGCUGAGACAAACAUCCUAAAUAAAUUCGAAGCAGCAAAACUUACCCCCUCGUUUACAAUAUUUACAUGGUUCUUGGUUUUCUAACGAAACCACUGUAAUAUUCAGACAUGUCGUCCCUGCAUCCAUCAGAGCUGGAUUCAGUCGCCACAGAUUCUGUAGCCUCCUCUCCUCGGUCCGAUUAUCACUCGUUGCAUGAUCCACGCGUGCGCUUCAUGUGCAGCUUCGGAGGUAAAAUUCUCCCCCGCCCUCACGACAAUCAGCUCCGAUAUGUUGGUGGUGACACUCGCAUAGUUGCUGUCCAUCGCUCCACAACUUUCUCUACUCUCAUCACUAAAUUAUCAAAAUUGUCAGGAAUUGUUAACUUGAGUGUCAAGUAUCAACUACCAAAUGAAGAUCUUGAUGCUUUGAUAUCUGUAACAACUGACGAGGAUGUUGAGAACAUGAUGGAUGAAUAUGAUCGUGUUUUACAAAAUCAAAACCCCCGUUCGGCUCGGCUUAGGCUAUUCUUGUUCUCUACAGAAAAUGAGGAGUCAUCAAGAGCAAGUAGUAUCAGUUCACUUCUUGACGGAUCAACUAACCGUGAAAACUGGUUUUUUGAUGCUCUUAAUUCCGGCGCUAGGAGGCUUGAACGUGGAAGGUCUGAGGCUUCUUCAAUUAUUUCUGAAGUACCAGAUUAUCUAUUCGGGUUGGAGAAUUCGGAUGAGACCAAACAGAAGUCCCGUUUCGUUAUGAACGAUAAUGUUUCAGCUUCCGAUCCGGGUUCUCCUGCCCCGGUUGUUUCUUCCCCGUAUUGCUCAACUUCAUCGGUUGUGCCUACUAUGCCUUCAAUUCCGGAUCUUCCACCUGUUAAGACCAAACCCGAUUACCCAGAUCCGAUAACAGUACAGGUGAAGCAGACACCCUUUGAGGGUUAUUCUGAACCAAUGGAGCCACCACCGAUGACACAACCAACCGGGUAUCCGGGUAACCCAGUCAUGCAUUAUAUUCCGGAUUCUCAUUAUUCUGGUGCUCCAGUACAACAAAUGCCGGUUUAUUAUGUUCAGGGUACAAUUCCACCAGGGAAUGUUCAAAUUCGCUCCCCAUAUGCUCAACAAUACCCGAUUGCAACUGGGCAAAUGCCAAUCCGAUACCACCAAGCUGUGCAAGGAAUGGGUCAAGUGUAUAGUGGAAUGACAAUGAGGCCUGUUGCGGCCAUGGAUCCGUAUGAUGGUGCUAGAGUUGUUUCUGAUGGGGUGAAUCAACAGUUUUAUUACGGAGUUCGGAAUGCAAGCACGGGUAUGGUUCAAGGGUAUCCGGGCAUGGUUAUCCCGGGUGGGGAGGAUAUGAAAAGGACCGCAUCCGAUGUAAAUCCGGGUCGGGUAUCCCAGUAAUCCUGGUAUAUGUGGUAUUUCGACUAGUCUUUAUUUGUGUAAAUUUUGUGUUUUGGUGAUAAUGAACUACAGAUAAUUGGGCUUGUAAUUAGCAUUAUUUUUUUUUUUGCUAUAUUUGGUUCGUUUUGUAUUAAGAAACAUGAAUGGUUUGGAAUGGGUUGUGUGUAGGUGAGAUUUAUAAAUUUUCUAUAUAAAAUCACUUUUUUUUUGUUA